GCUUCAACUGUGCCGAGUGUGGUACCAACCUGAGAAACUCUGUCUACAUCAUGAUGGAAGGAAACUACUACUGCGAGAAGGAUGCCAUCGCCAGGGCCAAGCCGCCACCCGGAUACGACGUGAUCCUCCUUGACCCAGCAGGAGGGAAAACUGGUGCGCCAGCAGCACCAACGGCCACCACGGCUCCCAGCGGCGUGGGGCGUCCUGCCGACCAGAGGAGACGAGUCGUCCGCGGAGACCGCCAGGACCGCAAGGCCAAGCCCAUUGUCUACGCCAAGAUGGGGGCCGCAGGGUCCAGGACUCCGCUUUGUGACAGCUGCAACCAGAUCAUCAGGGGUCCGUUUGUGGUUGCCAUUGGCCGGUGCUGGAUGCCUGACUGUUUCACGUGUGCUCACUGUAAGUGACUAACCUGAUCGAGAUGGGCUUCGUGGAGGAGGAGGGUCAGCUCUACUGUUCCACGCACUACAAGGAGUUCUUUGCCCCUCUGUGUGGCAAGUGUAACGAGCCCAUUGCUGAGACGUCCCGAAAGCUCCAUGGUAGCAACGUGCACGUUACAGUGAAAGCUGAAUCCAUCAUUGCAAAUGACCUGCAGUUCCAUAAGCACUGCUUCCUGUGUGCCAAGUGCAGCUGCCAACUGGACCCCAACGGCUACCAUCUGUGGGAGGGUGCACAGAUCUGUGAUACAUGCUUUUCCAAGACCAUGUCUACCAAGUGCAUUGGUUGUGACUUCCCCAUCGAGCCUGGCGAUCGCUGGCUAGAGGCCCUGAACUGUGCCUGGCACACGGAGUGCUUCUGCUGUGCUGUUUGCCAAGUGGAGUUGGAGGGAGCUGCCUUCUAUGCCAAGGGGAAGAAACCAUAUUGCAAAAUUCAUGCCAAGCAGGCUGCUUGAGACUGUCUCCAUGGCGACUGUUGUCAUAGCAACAAAAAGAGACAACUUUUUGUGUAACAGCUCUAUGGAAACCACAAUAAAAUAGCAAAGAUCUCGUAGAUAUAAAGAAAUGGCAUGAUUUUACACAGCUAGCAGGGUCAGGUGCAAGGACAAUGUGAAGAAAAGAGCCAAAUGUCUGCAUGAAACAGCAUAAUGUGAGAAGUCACAUGAUGAUAUAUGACUUGCAUGAGGAAAGAAGACUUCUGUGAUGAGUCAUGCGAAGAGAUUUUAUGGCUCAGGCCGGGAUUGUUUUAUUUUGAAUUUGUAAGAAGACUGUAAGCAAUGAAGGAAAGGCCAGUGUAAGGCUUUGAUGUUUUAUCACUUUCUGUAGAGUUGGCUGUCUUAAUACUUAGGUAACUGAUACUUAACUGAAGAGAAGAGACGAGGCCCACCUACCCCGACACCAGGGCAGCGGGCGGGUACUGUGCUCACGGAUACACGUGCCGUGGGUUGGCCCUGCCCGAGGCUGGGCCGCCGUAGGUGAUCGGAAGUGCACACCUCCUGUCAUUCGUGUGUGCCGAGGGUAAAAGGGCCGAAAUCACCUAUGGCGGCCGACACCCUCGGGUCCUCCCCUGACGAUCAGUACCCGUCGCUGUCGGCUGGUACGGAGACCCUUCCAACUCGCAGCACUCUGCAAAACUACUUCCCUCACCACGUCACACAGCUAUCUUUUUAGUUCGCACAGAGGCCUCGCUGGGCCUCGUCAUUCAACGGAGUUAUCCAGUCUGCGAGUUGGACGGGUCACGUGUCCAGCCCGGGGUAGGCGUGGCAGACGUGUGGCACCUGGCGCUGAGUGCGCACGUUGGAUGUGUGUUCUAGAGAAGUGCACAGAUGGAGAACUGCAGGGUGUAGCCUUUCACGUGUGUGUUGUUGUGUUGUGUUGACCAGACUGAGAGAUGGUGCUAAAGUAAGGAAGGUCAGAGGAGAGAGAAUUAGUUUUAUGGCUUCCCUUGUGUGGGGUGUUACCCACCGACCACCCUUGUACAUGUACUUGCAUGCAAAUCACCAGUAGCAAAUAGUGCUGAAUUUAUAUUAUACCCACCAAGUGUGUGAAAAUUAUACGUUUGAUAGAAUAAUGUUAUGUUGCAACAUAGUGAAAUUAUGAAGUGCUUUUUAUAGAAAUCAUGAUUAUCAAUUUAAAGUACAUUAUGCUAAGAGGGGCUAUGCAAAAUUGCAUACGUAAAGAAAUGGAGAUACUUAAUGUAGCUUUAACAUCUGCAUAAUAAUUUUGUAACCAAACCCUAUUGGAUUGUUUACAGCUAGAGCUGUGGUAAUUUAUGCAUAGUAGCUUGAAAAGCUAUAAUGUGUGAAAUCCAACCUGCUGUUUGGAUUUGCAUUUUAUAUAUAACUCAAUAGAGAAUAAAUCUGGGUCCCCUACCUAGGAACUGUA